AUGACGACCGACAUGAUGGUCAAGCUGAUCAAGGCGCGGUCCAGCAAGCCCGUUGCUGGUGUUUGGCGCAAGUUGCGGACCUUCCAGCUGGUUCCUGGGACCUUCGUGGCUCCAAACCGUGCCGGCGCGCUCAAAACGGCGCUGGAAGGAGCGGUCGCAGCCGCUUUCCAAGCUGUCCGCGAGGCGCUAGAGGACCAGUGCGACGAGAUCGUCCCAGAGACACCUCAGAGCAGCGUAUGCAGCUCCCCUGUUCUGGUGUCCGGGUUGAAGGACGUGCCAGUGCCCAGCGCUCCCAGCAGCGCGAUUUCAGCGCCAGCGGACAGCGGAGGGGCUUCCCCCACGUAUAACGCCGGUGAUGCAAGCGAGGAAAGUUUCGUGCGGUCGUCCGUGAUCGAGAUUGUGAACCUCGUGUCCUCCGAAGAGGAUAGGGAGCUGCAGGUGGCUUCACCCGGUGACCAGCCAAGCUUCGUCAGCGACCUAAAGGCGGCAACCUACAUGCGGGCCAUCCCCAACCGACACGCGCGCGGCAAGGUCCGGCACCAGGCCCCCAAGAAGCGGGCCCAGUGGCACGUGCCCAGGUCGCGGAAGCGCCGGCACCUGGCCAAGCGCGCGAUCACGAGAAUCGGGAACGUGAUCUACCACGCGAAGGCGUUCAAGCCCGCGAAGUUCGAGGAAGAGCCCCGAGGUGUUGAAAGAGGUGGAGAAGCUGCACGCCCGGCGAAAGUCUGGCCGGUCGAAGUGGAGCAAAUCACGACGUGCAAGCGCAACAGAAUAAAGUUCCCCGACAUUGGGAGCGUCGACCGCUGUAGAUGCUUCGGGGGCUGCUUCUUGGACACGUGCUCGAACGUAGCAUCCGCGUCGUUCUGCACCCCCAAGUAUUGCAAGCUUGGGGCGACGUGCAGCAACGCUCCGCGGACACUGGACACGCUCAAGUUGUUCGACACCGGCCGGGUCGGUCUCGGUGUGUACACCACCACGGCGCUGGACGUUGGCGACGUGAUUCGAGAGUACUGUGGGGAGCUGACCGAGUUUGCGGCCGCCGUUGAAGGUCAACCGGCUCAAGCACGCAAGCAUAAUAGCGGCUACACAAUGUUGUACAACGCCAAGUCUGUGCGGGGCAAGUACGUCUACGUGGAUGCGCUGAGGUGCGGGUCGAUAACGCGCUUCUUGUCGCACGCAUGCCAGCCGAAUGCAGCAUUCGUGGAGCAGCAGACCCGCUCCCGAGUGCGCGUCUUGGUCAAGAUGAUCAAGAACGUGAAGGCUAGCGCGAAAGUGACCGUCCACUACGGGGACGAGCACUGGUUCAAGUGUGCGUGUGACGUAUGUUGGGAGGACCAGAGGGGGCAGGAGGAGAGUAGCGAAGAAGAGUAG